AUGGUACCGACACCUCAAGAACCAGAAGUAAUUCGGCACGAGAGAGAGGAGUACCUCAAAUCCGGAGAAAGAGUUGUUAUUUCCGGGAUGUCGGGUCUCUUUCCCGAUUCCAACCAUGUGAAGAAUCUUGCUGACAUUUUGUAUAGCAAGAAAAAUCCUGUUUCAUUGAAUCCACGGUGGAAUUGCAAUCACCCUGAAGUCGCGCAAUAUGCUGGUCGUAUACCAGAUUUGGAACUGUUUGAUGCCCAGUUCUUCAAGGUGCACCAUCGUCUAGGAAAUAAAAUGGACCCGAUAGCUCGCAAGGUUCUAGAACAAGCAUACCAAGCAAUAUACGAUGCAGGCGUAAACCCGGAACAUUUUUCGGGAAAGAAAGUUGGAGUGUACAUAGGCACUUGUUUUUCUGAAUCUGAGAAGAUUUGUUGCUACAAAUCAAACGCUUCAAAUGGGUUCGGUAUUGUUGGAUGCAAUAAAUCAAUGUUCGCAAAUCGUAUAUCCUACUGCCUGAAUGUCAAGGGGCCAUCGAUGUCUAUCGACUCAUCUUGCUGCAGUUCUAUAAUGGCUCUGGAACUAGCUUACCUCGCAAUGACUCGUGGAGAUUGUGAGGCAGCCAUUGUUGGCGGUGGAAAUGUUUGUUUGCAUCCUCAGUCGUCGGUGCAUUCUGGAAGGACCAUGACCAUUAGUAUGGAUGGAAAAACCAAAUCUUUCGACGAAAAUGGAUCUGGUUGUGCAAAAACUGAAGCUAUUAAUGUUUUGUUUCUCCAAAAGGCUAAGGAUGCUAAGCGAAUCUACGCCGAUGUUGUCCACGUAAAGUGCGAGUACCAACAACUUAUGGAAGGCAAAACAGGUCCAAAAUUUGGAUUCUGUCGUGAUCCUAUAAAAUUGUCCGAAUUUUUAACAAACUUUUAUAAAGAAGCAAAAGUUCCACCUCAGGCUGUUGAAUACGUUGAAGCUUUUGGUUCAGCUUUACCCGAGGCUGAUAAAAAUGAGUUAGAUUCAAUAGAUGCUGUAUUUUGCAACGAUAGAAAGAAACAACUACUUGUCGGUAGUGUUAUGUCUAAUAUUGGUUAUGGUGAAGCUGCAUCUGGAAUUUCUGCCGUUAUAAAGGUUCUUCUGGGGUACCACAAAGGCGAGUUGGCGGCAAACCUAUACUGUGAAACGCCAAGACGAGACGUCGAGGCGUUGCGUGAAGGACGCAUGCGCAUCGUUACUGAGCAUCAACCAUUUAAUCGUACUUAUACUGCCGUUAAUGGCUUAUCUAUUACUGGAAUCAAUUCCCAUACUCUCUUACAUGGUCAUUAUAAACCUAAGGAUUUAUCUCGAUACAAGUCUAACAUACCGCACUUAGUUACAAUUUCUGCGCGACAAGAUUCAUCGGUUAAGAAAAUUCUAGACGAUUUAAAAUCCCGACCCAUCGAUCCCGAAGAGCUUGCAUUAUUGCACAACAUUCAUCAGUUAAAAAUUUCUGCUCAUAUGGGCAGGGGAUUUACUAUAUUAGAUACCAAUGCAGACCAGCAGACAGUUAGCCUAUGUGAAAAAGUGGAUUAUUUUGACAACGCAAAAAGACCUCUGUGGUUCGUUUACAGUGGAAUGGGAUCACAGUGGGCUGGCAUGGGCGCCCAACUAAUGCGUAUUCCAAUAUUUGCUGCUGCUAUUGAACGAUGCCGUAGAGUUUUGGAGCCGAAAGGUGUUGACAUUGUACAUAUUAUCACUUCACCCGAUAAAUCUACUUUCGACAACAUUCUAAACUCUUUCGUCGGAAUAGCGGCCAUUCAAAUUGGACUUACUGACAUUCUAUUCGAGCUGGAACUAGUGCCAGAUAAAAUAAUCGGUCACAGCGUUGGUGAAUUGGGAUGUGCGUACGCGGAUGGAUGUUUCACUGCAGAAGAGAUGAUACUUGCUGCUUAUUAUCGUGGGCUUGUAUCAGUGCAAACUCCAUUUAUUCGUGGUUCCAUGGCGGCAGUUGGCAUUGGAUAUCAAGAGAUAUCGAAGAUGUGCCCUCCUGGUAUUGAGGUUGCAUGCCAUAAUGGACCAGAUUCCAGUACAAUUUCAGGCCCUGCAAAUGUAAUGAGGGAAUUCGUAGCUCAAUUAACUGCUAAAAAGAUAUUUGCAAAGGAGGUGCCAUGUUCAAAUAUUGCUUAUCAUUCACGGUACAUUGCAGAAGCGGGCCCCGGACUACUGAAAUAUUUAAGUGAAGUCAUCAAAUCGCCUAAGCUCCGUAGCGAAAAAUGGGUAUCGACUUCAGUCCCGCAAGAAAAAUGGAAUGAGCCCAUGGCUAAAUAUUCUUCUGCAGAAUAUCACACCAACAAUCUGCUUAAUUCCGUGCUGUUCGAAGAAACUUCUAGAUUGAUACCACCCGAUGCGGUGCUUGUGGAAAUAGCACCACAUGGUUUACUUCAAGCGAUUCUGAAGCGGUCUUUAGCAGACACUUGUCGACACAUUCCACUUACUCGUCGAGGACAUACUGAUAACGUGCAGUACUUAUUAGAAUCUAUUGGAAAAUUAUUCAUGGAAGGAUACAAUCCUAAAGUGCAAGCGCUUUAUCCUAAGAUCGAAUUUCCCGUGUCAACUGGAACUCCAUUGUUAUCUCAUCUGGUGGAAUGGGCUCAUCAUGAAAAGUGGAGUUUACCACUCUACGUGUCAGCAAAUCGAAAAUUUACAGCAUCGUGUAAAUUCGUCUAUUCGAUACAUGAUGUAGAAAAUAACUAUUUGACUGGAAACGUUUUACGAGGAAAGAAUACCUUCCCGUUCGCAGCUGCAUUAAUUGCAGUUUGGGAUGUACUGGCGAUGACUAUCGGGGAACCCAAAAAACAAUUGUCAGUUCAAUACCACGACGUGAAACUUUAUUCCCAGCCUAAUCUUCAUUAUCAACGUCAGUUACGACUUUUGGUAUCCUUUCUAAGAGGUACAGGGUAUUUCGAGGUCAUGGACGAUUAUUCUAAGAUUGCAACGGAACUUAAUUUAAAAUCGGACGACAUUUAUCAAUUGCUACACAACAGAGAUUACGAUUAUAGCGGACAGUUCAAAAGCGUUCACAGCGCUAAUAAAUCUCUUACGGAAGCGAAAAUAUAUUGGCGCAACAACUGGGUAACAUUCCUUGAUGGUAUGCUGCAAUUAAAUGCUCUGAAGCGACCUCAUCACUCUGUGUCUCAACCAACAAACAUUAGAAAUAUUACAAUUGAUAUCAAAAGACACGUCAAUAAUCAAGAAAUAUCAGUGGGCGAUGAAAAAGUCAUGACUGCUAAUGUUUUUGAGACAUAUAAUAGCAUCAGAUGCGGAGGUGUCGCAAUAGAGGAUGUUAAAUUCCGCGAUUUACCACCAUUAGAAAAGGAAACGGAUUUGAUGACUUUGAAAUUUGUCCCAUACUUCCAACAAGAUAAAACUGAUUACGAAACAGCCAUGUUGGUAUAUUUGCAAAUCGUUGCAGAAAAUUUGAAUAAGAAUGUUAUUAGUAUACUAGAAUUGUGUGAUCAGAAAUGUGAUGAAGGUCAUUUUCGGAACCUUAAUGAUGUUUUUAAGAACGUACCUUUUAUAGAGGUCCAGCACAAAAUGAUUUAUAGAAAUAAUGUUUUAGACGAACGAGCCAACUUCUUAACAGAUGUUGAUUUAUUGCUAGUUACAGAUUUAUCAAAACAUGAUAAGUUAUGUCAAACUCUGUACCGCGUACUUUGUCGAGACACUUUCAUCUUAAACAAAGAAAAUUAUGCAAAGGAUUCGUUAUUCAAUAGACCGUCAGCACUUUAUCGUAUUGUAAGUGCACAGAAUACGAAAGAUGAGAGGCUUGAACUGGUACGCUGGAGACCUACAUCUAAUGCAGUCGCUACGAGUACCUUUACAGUGCGCUCUUCUUCAGAUCUUGCUAUAUUAUCUUCUACUCUACCAGCAUUUCCACAAAGACACAAGCUCCUUAUUAUUACAUCUUAUCCGCCUAUAGAUGGACUGAAAAAUCUUGUUCAGCAAUGGCGAAAGAAUCACAACCAAAUCUAUGUGAUUAUGAUAAAUUAUAGAAUUUCCGAAGAUCAAAACUUAGAUCAACUGCCCAAUUUGGAUUUGGCGUUCAAUGUGUUGGAUCAUGGACAAUGGGGUGGUCUGUUCUUCAUACCAUUACAGAAAAAAUUAUCUUCAACAUAUGACAUCACUCUUCAGAACUCUUGCAUCGGAGAUUUUAACUCUUUGUAUUGGGUUGAAAUGCCACGUAUUAACGGUUCUGGCGUGAAAGUAACCGUACAUUUUGCUGGAUUGAACGAUACUGAUGUUAAGAAAUGUGCUGGAAUAAUUCCAUGUAACAAUGACAGCAAUGAAAUUAAUUUCGGAAUGGACUUCAGUGGUGUAACUGAAAGCGGGGAACGUGUAAUGGGAUUAGUCACGGGUGGUGCUGUCAGUACACGUGUUCUGGCUCGUCCCGAUUUGUUAUGGCCCGUACCAGAGCAUUGGAGUCUCGACGAAGCAGCAACAGUACCUCUUGCGUACUGUUUAGCGUUCUACUGUCUUGGUAUAAAAUAUAAACUUUGUCCCGGUAUGACCGUACUUGUUCACGGAGGUGCCGGAGCGUUGGGACAAGCGGUAAUAUCGAUCGCUUUAGGCCUUGACUGCAAAGUCUUCACGACCGUCAGUGAUAUCAACAAAAAACGUUUUCUGCGUAAAUUGUUCCCGGUGUUAAAAGAUGACCAGAUAGGGAGUUCACGCGACUCAACAUUUGCAGACAUGGUAUUCACGUCAACGAAUGGAAACGGUUGCGACAUCGUCAUUAGCUGUAUUUCUGGUGAUCUUAAACACAUAUCCAUAAAAUGCGCUGCAUCGUAUGGUGUAACGAUCGAUACGGCGCAAAUUACAACCCGAGAUAACUUUUAUUUCGGAAUGCAUAGCAUGACUAAAGGGCGGUCGUACAUAGCUAUUCACUUCAUUCAGCUUUUUGAUCAAGAAUGUAAUGUGGAAUUAAGAAAAAUACAGUUGAUGGUGUCUGAGGGCAUUAAGCAUGGCUACGUACGUCCGUUAUCACGAGUCUUGUAUGCCCCCAUGGACGUUUCUCGUGCCUUCCGCCUGUUAGCCGCAAGUCAACACCGUGGACGUGCACUAAUCCAACUUCAAUCUAACAAUAAUACACAAGAUGGGCUUUUUCCAUACUUUAAACCUAGGUUGUCCUGCUCUUCAGAUUUAAGUCAAGUAAUAUUUUGCAACAAUGAAAAUUUAGGUUUACAGUUUGCAAAAAAAUUAGUUAAUCGUGGCGCUCGUAAAAUUUACUUGCACUCUUUAAAACAUUCUGAAUAUCUUGACUUUGAAAUCCGUUCACUGGUAAAACACGGUGUUCAAGUAAAGCUUACCAAUGAAAUAUUAAAAAGUGAAAACGAUAUUACAAACUUGUUAAAUGAUUGCAACAAUCUCGGCACCGUUGAAGGCAUUUACAUAGUAGGAACAAACGAAAUGUCUGAUGCUGGAUCAGAAAAUUUAGUUAGACUACUGGAUUUAGUUUCAAGAAAACUUUGUCCACGCAUUAAGCAUUUUGGAGUGCUCAGCAUUAAUGUGGACACUGGUCUUCAUGUCUGUAUCUCCAGAGCUCAAGAUAGGUUGCCAGUGACGUUAUUGAAAGUACCCGCCAUUAAAAAGGUGGGGUUAACUGAAGGUCCGCUUACUAAUGAAAUGAUAUCAGAAGUUGAUGCAAUCAACACUUUUGAACGUGCGUUGCGGUACCAUGAACCUGUAAUAUUUGCUCGAGUUCGCCCGAUGCAAUCUCAUACUCUUUUAGACAAAAUCGCAAAUGUAGCUGGGGUUGAAGUACCUACUGAUGUGGUGGAAACAGCUACUUUAUCAGAUUUAGACUUUCAAGUUGAUAGAUCUAAAAUGGUUUCUACAUACCUUAGUGAUAUUCAUAACAUUUCUAUAUCAGAAGAAGCGGUACCCAAAUUGACAAUUCAAAAAAUACGGGAAAUAGACGAAACGAUAAAUGAUAUGGAAUUUAAGGACACAAAGGGCUUAGAGACAUUUUAUUCCCAUGUCGACCGCGACGAACUACUUGUGACUACUGAAAUGGUGUUCUUGCCAACUCUUGCGAAUAGUUCUGCUAUGCGUGAUGACGAAUUUGAUGUUAGUCAGACGUACUUGUGUAUUAUACCUGGCUUGGAAGGACAUCAUGUACGUUUCCGUAUUCUGUGUGAACGCCUAAAGUUGCCUGCUAUAAUAUUGCAGCCGGGUCUUGAUCGCCCCGAUGAAACUAUAUCUAAUCUAGCUCAGCGAUAUGCCGAGAUACUAUUAAAGAAGGCUCCACUGAAAGAAAACUUUUAUUUAUUGGGUUAUGAAAGCGGAUCUUUAGUAGCAUUGGAAAUGGCUGCUAUUUUAGAAGAUCAUGGUUUAACCGGGACCGUGUUUUUCGUCGGUGAAUCUCCAGAAGAAGUCCAAAGCACUAUAAAGGAACGACUUAUGGAGUAUGACUCUGAUGAAGCAUUACAGAUUGCAGUCGCAAAACAUAUUGUCAAAUUAAUAGUAGGUGGUGGCACAGAUAAAUUAGAAAUUGCUCUAUGCCGUGUACCAACUUGGCAAGAAAAGGUUGAAGUAUGUCUUCGUUCCAUCUUAGGCAGAGUAUCACACUCUGUACAGUAUGCGCGGGAACUUAUAGAAUCUGCAUAUGGUAGAAUAAAGCAAGUGCUGUGCUACAACUUAAAAGUACAAGCGCUGCGUUCUAAAUUAGUAUUAAUACGAGCGGCAUCAUCCACAGGCAAUCCCGAAGCGCUUUCCUUGCAACGUCAUUCACAGCAACCUAUUAGUAUAUACCAAUUGCGUGCUCCUUUGGCCUAUACUACUGUGGAUUUACGUUGCUCCGCUGUCAUUAACAGCCAUCUAAAUACCGAGAUAUUGAAGGCGUUUGAAAAGAAAAAUCUCUGUGACUCUUACCUGUUUAAUGCCGAUGUGUUUAUGAAAAUGGAUGCAACUAUCACUUCUUAA